GGACUGCCGUAACACGAACUUCUCUCCUUAAACCCUUCGAAAGCCCUGCAACUCCGACGCCGAGCGGCGAGCGUUCGUGCGUGCUCGCGACAUCUUCAAGAUCGAGCAAUGUCUCUGAUCUGAGAUCGAACUAGGAAGACGACCCGAAAAUGGCGUACCGAGCACCGCACGCGUUUCGCGCUCUUCUCAGGACCUCGCAUGACCGAGGACUUUCGCAGCUGCUUGGGAGUUCAAGGUGCUAUUCACGCGUGAUUCCAAAUGUUCCUGAGUUUAAUUGCCGGGGUAUUUCGUCUUUCUCACACAAGGGACAGAGUACUUUUGUUUUGACUCGUGCAAGUGCCUUGACUCUUCAGGAAAAAAAGAAUGCCGAGUUCUUAAUAUUCUCGAAUUGGGCAAGGUUUAUGACAACACAAGUAAAAGCUCCUCCACAAGCUCGACAGAUGGGUGCUUUUCAGGUGACCAUGUUGAGUCCGGGGAUUGUCUAUGAACCAUAUGCCCCACGAGUACCGAUUCCAUUCUGGAAGAGAUGGUUCACUCGAAGUGGUUGGACGAGAACCAAAGAGGAUAUCAUCUUAGAGCUUAAAAGUGCAUAUGCCAUCGCUAAGCUAAGGAAGUUCGGAUACUCAAAAAAGGAGUUCUAUGAGGAGGCCAUAAAGUUGUAUAAGGAGAUAAAUUUUCUGUUAGCCCACGGUGAUAAAAAGUCGUUGAGGAAGCCAGUUACAGAGAAGAUGUACUCUACUCUGAAAAAUGACAUUAAGAUGAGGGAAUCCAUGUGGAGUAAGGUUUAUUGGGAAAUGAUUGAACCAGUUGUGAAGAUACGAACUUUGCGAGCUAGGCUGAUUGGUGUUGACCGGAAGGAUGUCAACAAAGUUUUCAUUCAGCUUACUCUUGAGUUCAUUACUAAGCAGAAGUUUGAAGCAUAUGAUUCGAACGGCAAUGUGGUGGCAGGCGAUAAAAAUAAGGAGGUCCUUGUGCGAGAUAUCUGGGUAUUCGAGAAAUCUCUCUUCCACAAGGGAUCUUACUGGCGUCUUUGCGGGAAGAUUGUAUUAUAACCUUGCUAUUAUCAUUUAGAAACUGGUCAAGGGGAUAUUUGAAAAGACGUGGUCACCAAUUACUGGAAGCUUCUCAGGCUAGGUAUAUUUCUCCCAGAGAAAAAACUUACUCGUAGAGAGAUCCAUUUAUAAUAUUUGAUGGCGAGGUCCAUUUUUGAUAUUUGAUGGCUAGAUCUAGACUUUGCAUUUUCCUUUUAUAGGGUUGUCAUUUUAUACUUCUGUGUGAAUUUCUUGUUUUCAUGACAUCAACAAUGAUAACUGCGGUUUUGCAGCAAUGGUGUCUGAAGUUAAUCUUCUGUACCUGGGAAAUAAAAGAGAAAUUGUUCUUUGCAUCCCCAA